AUGAUGGUCAAAUGCAGUCUUCUUCUCUAUUUCGCUUCCCUCUCCGGCGUCGUCAACAACGUUUUUUCAUGCGUCGCCACAAGCUCAGGAAGUUCCGCGACGACUACGACCACCACUGCGGCGACGACGACGACGACGACGACAACGGCGGCUACAUCCAGUAAGGGAAACAGAGACGGAUUGAUACAAUUGAAACAUUUGCAGGUUGCACAAGUUGUACAGCAAGUCAAGUGACAUUCGCGCAGGCUUCUGGAACCAUUCAAAUCGACACAAGUGGAGUGUAAGCAUCUUCCGAGAACGAGUACUGCUCACACCUUCUCUCUUUCCAGAAUAGGAACAGAUGCCACAACUGGCUGCUACACUUUGACGGCAACUUGCACUGCGGCAACCGGAUACUACGCAUUCAUGCAGUUCAAUUACGACCAAGGAGGUCCUUCUGAGAACUCAGACAUGGGAAUGGUGAGUGAGCCGACUUCUGGCGGGUUUCUAUGAAAACCUUCUGUUGCAGACGAUCAACGCCCUUCUCAAUUGUGAAGAUGGUAAUUGGGUGUACACGAGCGGCGGAGUUUCUCGAAUAAUCACUCAAGUGUCUUGUAAUCAAGCUCCCGAUGCCUAA